AUGCUGGAGCUGUCCGGCAACGUGCGCGGCCUGCAGGAGGCCUCGAAGCUCAGCGACGACGAGAUCAUCGGCGCCGCCGUGGUGCUGCUGCGCGAGCACGGCCUCAUGGACGCCAAGGCCAUCGUGUCCCGCGACCUGUCGGUGCUUGUGCCCGCUGCCAAGACUGCCCGCGCCAACUGGGCCAGGGAGGAGGCUGAGCGCCAGGCUGAGCUGGCUGAGGCUGAGGCCCGUGCUGCGGCCGAGGCCGCCGGCGAGGAGUACAUCCCCGGCACCGCCGCGGCGGCGUACUCUGCGCCCGAGCCCGCGUACUCGGCGCCCAGCUACAGCUCUUACAGCGCCCCCAGCUCUUACAGCGCCCCCAAGGGCCAGGAGGAGGCUGAGCGCCAGGCUGAGCUGGCUGAGGAGGAGGCCCGCCUGGCGGCUGAGGCCGCUGGCGAGGAGUACAUCCCCGGCUCCGCCACCGCGUCGUACAGCGCGCCCAGCUACUCCGCGCCCAGCUACUCCGCGCCCAGCUACAGCGCGCCCAGCUACAGCGCGCCCAGCUCUUACAGCGCCCCCAGCUCUUACAGCGCCCCCAAGGGCAAGUACGAUGACGUCAUUGAGGCGCUCAAGCGCAGCCCCCUGAUGCUGGAGGUCUCGCCCAACACCCGCGGCAUCCAGGAGGCUUCCCGCCUGGAGUACAUCCCCGGCUCCGCCACCGCGUCGUACAGCGCGCCCAGCUACAGCUCUUACAGCGCCCCCAGCUCUUACAGCGCCCCCAAGGGCCAGUACGCCGAUGCCCUGGAUGCCAUCAGGCGCAGCCCCCUGAUGCUGGAGCUCUCGCCCAACACCCGCGGCCUGGACGCGGUCGCCCGGCUGCCCGAUGACCUGAUCAUCGGCGCCACUGUGGUGCUGCUGCGCGAGCACGGCCUUAUGGACGCCAAGGCCAUCGUGUCGCGCGACAUCACUGUGCUGGUGCCCGCGGCGCAGACCGCCAAGGCCGUGUACGAGGCCAUGGAGGCCGAGCGCCUCGCUGAGCUGGCGGCCCUCGAGGCGGCCGAGAACGAGUCUGAGUUCCCGGAGGGCUGGGGCCCCCGCGACGUGUCCUACAGCGCGGCCCCCGCCUACAGCUCCUACUCUGCCCCGGCGGCCCCCUCCAAGUAUGCCGCCGCCAUCGACGCGCUCAAGCGCAGCCCCCUGAUGCUGGAGGUGUCGGGCAACGCCCGCGGCCUGGACGCCGUGGCCAAGCUCAGCGACGACGAGAUCAUUGGCGCUGCCGUGGUGCUGCUGCGCGAGCACGGCCUGUUUGACGCCAAGCAGAUCCUGGCCCGCGACCUGUCGGUGCUGGUCCCCGCAGUGGAGACUGCUAAGGCCAACUGGGCCAGGGACGAGGCCGAGCGCCUGGCUGAGCUGGCUGAGGAGGAGGCCCGCCUGGCGGCUGAGGCCGCUGGCGAGGAGUACAUCCCCGGCUCCGCCACCGCGUCGUACUCGGCGCCCAGCUACAGCGCGCCCAGCUACAGCGCGCCCAGCUACAGCGCGCCCAGCUACAGCGCGCCCAGCUCUUACAGCUCUUACAGCGCCCCCAGCUCUUACAGCGCCCCCAAGGGCAAGUACAACGAUGUCAUUGAGGCGCUCAAGCGCAGCCCUCUGAUGCUGGAGGUCUCGCCCAACACCCGCGGCAUCCAGGAGGCUUCCCGCCUG